GCGCGGUCAUAGUAGUUCGUCUCUCUGACGCCGAGCCAAAAGGAUGAUGCAGAGCUCUACUUCGCUUCACUGUUAUUCAACACUCUUACCUUCUCAUCACUCUCUUUUCUUUCCUUUACGCCUUCGAUUUUCUUCCACGGCCUCACCUUCACAAUUGUCCUUCAAGCCUCUACGUAGUUACCUUCAUGCCCUUCGUCCUCUUCGCAGCACCGAUCUACAUACUGGUUUAGCUACCCAAGAGAUUGUUGAAACUGCUAAGAGUGGAGCAGGAUUCGUUGAAGUUGGGUAUAUAUCCAAUGUUCAUGGGCUUCAAGGGGAAAUUUGCGUUAAACCCAGUACUGAAUUUCCCGAGUUACGAUUUUCCAAGCCUGGAAGAAGAUGGUUAAGGCAGACGGUUUCUGGCAAAGAUACGAUUCAAGAAGUUGAGCUGGUUGAGGGAAGAGGGCACCCUGGACAGAAGAGGUGGAUACUUAGAUUUGGAGGAAUAGACGCAGUGGAACAGGCCAGGCAACUUGUUGGGUCGACUCUACUUGUGAGAGAAGAAGACAGGCCAGAGUUGGAACAAGGAGAAUUUUACACUCGUGAUCUUGUUGGCAUGAGAGUGAUUCUUAAGGAAACUGGUGACCAUGUGGGAACUGUGGUUAAUGUUUUUAACAGUGGAGCAAGUGAUCUUUUGCAGGUCAUGCUCCACCCAUCUGCUGAUGUGCUUGAGGGAGCUGAAAGAUUAAUGCCAGAGGAAACAGAUUUAUCUGGUCCCCUUGUGUGGGUACCAUUUGUUGAAGCAAUUGUUCCAGAUAUUGAUAUGACAAGAAGAAAAAUGUGGAUUACACCUCCAAAAGGACUUCUUGAGUUAAACAUACGCACUGAUGAAAGGUCCAAGAAAGAAAGACGCAAGCUUGAGUGGAAAGAAAGGAAAAAAUUUCAAAGACGCCUUAUAGAAGCUAAAAAGAAAUUGUGUGAAAUGGAACAAAAACACGUGUUUGAUGGAUUAAGAUAUGGGGAAAAAUCACAAAGAAGCUUGUUGGCAGAUCAGAUUGUUGGUGUAAAUUCUAAAUUGCUUCAGCAGGCAUUGCAAAAUAUAGAGAUGCCCUCCAAGAGAUUGAGCAUAAGUGAGUUAAUCAGUGCUGCAAAGAACAAGCUAACAACAAGUUAUCUGAAGCUAUCAAAGGAAUGCUUCACUCCUUGUGUUGGUGAAGAGAAUUUGGCUGCAAAUUUGCAAGAAAAAGGUGUCCAUCUUUUGUCUAAAGACAAAGUGGCUAUUGUGUUAGUGGUGAAUGACAUUGAGGAGGAGAGGGGAAGGGGUGAUAGCCCUGAUGUUGUUGGCUCUAAAAGAACCGAGGAUGCAACCUUUUCCGUGCUUCAGAAAUCACUCUCAGAUGAUAAGAAAUUUCUGAAGAUGGAAGAUCGUGCAUCUGUGCCUUUGCUUUUGGUUUGCCCAGUGCAAGAAAUCCAGUCAGUGAAAAGGCUGUUCUCAAAUAAUGAUUACUUUGGGUUUGACACCGACAAGGUGUGGUUUUUAGAAGAAGAGAAGCUUCCCAUUGUGAGUAUUCCUGUAGAAGAACAGAGCAAGCAUAAAAUAUUGAUGAAGUCACCAUGGGAAAUAUUGCAAUCACCAAUCGGAUCUGGAGGCGUUAUUAGCUUGCUUUUAUCUCACAAGUUUCGAGAGAUUCUCAGUGAAAUGGGUGUAGAGUACAUUGAGGUAUGUAGUGUGAGCCAAAAUUAUGGCCUUGGGGACGCACCACUUCUUGGUUUUGUUAAUUCAUGCGGAGCAGAAAUUGGAAUCCAAAUCUUUGAAGCCAUGGAAAUUUCAGACGAAAGUUUUGACAUGAUAUUCUCCAUAACAUUUAUGAAGAAGUUGAUGCAACACAUGGAUAAACUCCAAUUCUCUCCAAUCUUAAAGCAAAAUUCCCAUGUCAAGAUGAUCGAUAAAGAGUGGAUUGAUGUUGUCCCAUCAUCUCCUAACUCGUACCAAUUUCAUUGUUCAAUUUACAGCGCCUUGAGCACAUGUCCACUUGAUAAUAUUUGCCUAAUGGAAGUAACUGAAUAAUUACAUGAUACUGGUUAGUUGUUCUUGCUUCUUGUCAUUCAAAAUGUAUCAGUUUUAGUCAUAUUUGUACAUUUGUAAUAGGAGAAUGUAAUUUUUCACAUAUUUUAAGAAGCUAAGUAAUCACCACAAUUAUACAA